AUGUCAUUAUUUCCAUUUUAUCAUCAUCGUUUUUUUGAUGAUCCAUUCUUUUUCAAUCGACUUGAUUUCCUCGAUCCAUGGUUUGAUUUUCAUAUGUUCCCAUUGUUUCCUCCAACUGCAUCAAGAAUUCGACGAAUUGAACGAAUUGAACGACAAGAACGACGAUCGUAUUCAUGUAGUAGUAGUAGAAGAAGUAGCACAAACAAUCUUGAAUUAACAUCGCGAAAUUCUCAACCAGAGAAUUUUCAGGUUCAAUUAGAUAUAAAUGGAUUUAAUCCAAAUACGAUUAAACAAAGAGUUGAAGGUCGCAAAUUAAUUGUUGAAGGUAAACAAGAAGAACGUCAAGGAAAUCGUGAUCAUGUCAUUCGAGAAAUACGAGGAAGUUAUGAACUUCCAGAUAAUGUUGAUACAAAUCGUUUAACUUCACAUGUGACAACAAAUAAUAAAUUAGCUAUUGAAAUACCAGUUCAAAAUUCUGAAACUGAACGUCGAUUUAAUCAAGCAAAUAAUAAUAAUAAUAAUCAAAGUUUGACUUCAUUUGAUAAUAUGGGAUUAUCAGAUGAUUCUGAUAUUAGAUCACGUAUUGUUGAUAAAGGAAAUAAUCAAAAACAAUUAGAAAUGUUCGUUGAAAUGAAAAACUUUCGACCAGAAGAAAUUAAUGUAUCAGUAAGAAAUAAUAGAAUAAUUGUUGAAGGUGAACAUCGAAGUGAAGAUGCAAAUCGUUCCGAACGAUCCUAUUUUUAUAAAUCAACAACAUUACCACCUGGAACACAAAUCGAUCAACUUCAAUCUCAAUUUAAUGAUAAAUUUCAAUUGAAAAUUGAAGCACCCUAUUUUUAA